CAGAAAGAUCCAGAUUACCUGAAGCUAUGGUUGGACAAUUUUGUUUCUAGCUAUGAACAAUUCUUAGAUACUGACUUUGAAAAGAUGCCUACCAGGGUAGAUGAUGUGCCUCCGGGAAUAUCUCUCCUUCCUGACAAUAUUCUGCAGGUUCUGAGGAUCCAGUUGCUACAGUGUGUGCAGAAAAUGGCAGAUGGGUUAGAGGAACAACAACAAGCCUUGUCAAUUUUGCUCGUUAAGUUCUUCAUUAUUCUUUGCAGAAAUCUAUCAAACGUGGAAGAAAUUGGAACUUGCUCUUAUAUUAAUCAUGUCAUCACCAUGACAACACUCUAUAUUCAGCAAUUAAAAAGCAAGAAAAAAGAGAAGGAAAUGGCAGAUCAGUCAUCUUUGGAAGAAUUUGUGAUUCAUGCAUUGGCAUUUUGUGAAAGUUUAUAUGAUCCAUACAGGAAUUGGAGACAUAGAAUUUCAGGACGAAUCCUUAGUUCUGUGGAAAAGAGCAGACAGAAAUUUAAACCAGCUUCUCUCACAGUGGAGUUUGUUCCUUUCUUUUAUCAAUGUUUUCAGGAAAGUGAACAUCUCAAGGAAAGUCUUAAGUGUUGUUUAUUGCAUCUCUUUGGAGCCAUUUUAGCCGGUGGGCAGAGGAAUGCUUUGCAAGCAAUUUCUCCAGCCACCAUGGAAGUUCUUAUGAGAGUUUUGGCAGACUGUGAUUCCUGGGAGGAUGGAGAUCCUAAAGAAGUGGGUAGGAAAGUAGAACUAACUCUGAAGUGCCUUACAGAAGUAGUACAUAUCCUUCUCACUACCAGCUCUGACCAGCGUCAAGUGGAAACCAGCGCUAUUCUGGAGAACUAUUUUAAGUUACUAAAUUCAGAUCAUUCGGCUUUGCCUCAUCAAAGGAGGUCCAGGCAAUGGGAAAACCGGUUUAUUUCUCUACAGAUCAAAAUGCUGAAUACUAUCACAGCCAUGUUAGACUGCACAGAUAGGCCUGUUCUUCAGGCCAUUUUUCUUAACAGUAAUUGCUUUGAACAUCUCAUACGACUGCUGCAGAACUGCAAGGUGUUACAGGGCCAGUUGGACUGUUUGGCCAUAUCAACUAUUCAGGCUUUGACAGCGGUAAUGAACAAAUCUCCAGCUGCUAAGGAAGUAUUCAAAGAAAGAAUUGGUUACUCACAUAUGUUUGAAGUAUUAAAAUCUCUGGGUCAGCCACCACUGGAAUUGCUUAAAGAACUUAUGAAUAUGGCUGUAGAGGGUGAUCACACUUCAGUUGGAAUGUUGGGCAUUAGUAAUGUCCAUCCUCUCUUGCUUCUUAUCCAGUGGCUUCCAGAACUACAGUCCCAUGACCUUCAAAUCUUCAUCUCUGAUUGGCUGAAAAGAAUUUGUUGUAUUAAUAGGCAGAGUCGAACUACUUGCGUCAAUGCAAACAUGGGAAUUAGAAUCAUUGAAACCCUUGAUUCCCAUUCUUCCCUCCAUCGAACUUGUGCUGAGAACUUGAUUGCAAUCCAUGGUUCCUUAGGGAGUCAGUCAGUAAGCGCAGAAGAAAUCCGUCGACUACUAAGAUUGCUGAGAGUGGAUGAAACUGAAUUUAUUCACCCUUAUACUAUUCCUGUGACUCGAGCAAUCCUGACAAUGGCCCGAAAAUUAAGUCUAGAGAGUGCACUGCAGUAUUUUAAUUUGUCACAUAGUAUGGCAGGAAUCUCUGUACCUCCCAUACAGAAAUGGCCAGGGUCUGCAUUUUCUUUCAGUGCUUGGUUUUGCUUAGAUCAGGAUCAGUUGACUCCUGGCAUUGCUAGCAAAGGAGGAAAAAGAAAACAGUUGUACAGGUAAUGGUACAAAUUGUGUCAUAUAAAUCAGUAUUGUCAUAACAAUAUAUUCCAUCAUUCUUAAACAAGAAAAAGUAUCUGUAUACAUCUAGUUUUUAAGUUUACAGUAGUUUAUAGUUUAUUUUCAUUUUUUGAUUUCAUGCAAUUUAAAGUGCUUUAUUGCUUUCUUAAUAAUAUAUAUAUAUAUAUAUAUGUAUAUAUAUAGGAUAUUUUGCUGAUUAAAUCCUGAGGCUAGUUUAGAACAAGGUUCUUUCUUAAAAGUAAUGGAAAAGAAAGGAAUAAUAAGCAUUAGUGAUAAUCCCUCUAUUCCAAUGAAGGUGCUAUAUGCUUUUAUAAAGCACCAGAAAACUGGUGUACAUGUAAUCCAGACUUUAGAAGCUAAUAAUUAAUAAUAUGCUUUGUCUUUUUGUGUGUGUGUGUGGUCUUGGGAUUUGAAUUCAGGACCCUGUGCUUGCCAGGCAAGUGCUCUGCCACUCUAACCACACCUCAAGCACUUUUUUGCUAAAGCAAAAAAGAAAAAAAGAUGCUUUAGCAUCUUGCUAUCAGCUUGGUUCUCCUAUCUUUGGCCUCCCAUGUAGCUG